GAAACUCCAAAGUAGACCUACGCCAUUUGCCAACUUCCAGAAACCUCUCCAAGAACUUCGAACCAAUGGCAGCUGCAGCGCCGCCCCCGCCGCCCGCCGCCGCCCCACAAACUCUCUUCACGCGCAUCCGCCUCGCCACCCGUGAGGACGUCCCCCACAUUCACAAGCUCAUCCACCAAAUGGCCGUGUUUGAGCGCCUCACCCACCUCUUUGAAGCCACCCCCGCCGCGCUCUCCGCCACCCUCUUCCCGCCGAACGCGCCUCCUCCGUUCACUUCCUUCACAGUCUUCCUCCUCGAGCUCUCCACUUCGCCAUUCCCACCAUCCCAGAGUCCCCAUUUUAUACCUCGGCUCAAAUCCCUCCACCUCGACCUCCCCAUCCACGACCCAGAAAAGGAAGCCUUCAGAAGCAACGCUAGUGAUGCUAACGAUGAUGUUAUUGUUGGUGGGUUUGUGCUGUUCUUUCCUAAUUACUCGACGUUCCUGGCGAAACCCGGGUUCUAUAUCGAGGACAUUUUUGUGAGGGAGUGCUAUAGGAGGAAGGGGCUGGGGAAAAUGCUCUUGUCGGCGGUGGCGGCGCAGGCGGCGAAGAUGGGCUACGGGAGGGUGGAGUGGGUAGUGCUGGACUGGAAUGUGAACGCCAUUAAGUUUUACGAGCAGAUGGGGGCACAGAUUUUGCCAGAAUGGAGGAUUUGUCGACUGACUGGCGAAGCCCUUCAGGCUCAUGCUCAUGUUAACCUUUAAUUUGAUUUUGUUGGAAUGAUCAAUUUUCAGGAGCUUCUGAUGAUCGAACUGGCGGGAAUGUUAUGAGGGGAAGAUUAAAUUGGUUGAAGCGGUUGCGUUAAUACGAAGGGGAUUGUUUGCUGAAUUUAGUGUUAUAAUACAAACUUGUUGGUUUUGUGAAUUUGACACUGAUAUUAACGACUGUUCCGCUUACUUCAAUGCAAAUAUAAAUUGUUUGAUG